GCCUGGCGUGGUAGGGCUGUGCUGCGCGGUCCUUCCCAUUCACCCUAGUCUGGCGCUCGCCGGCGUGGGCGGGCCGGACCUUCGCGGCUUCCAGGAAGGGCCACAACGGCCGUCGGACCACGGCGCGCCGGCCAGUUCCUUUAUAGUUUCGUUCAGAAAAACAUAUGGAGACAUUUAUACCCAUUGAUUUGACAACUGAAAAUCAAGAGAUGGACAAGGAGGAAACCAAGACAAAACCAAGACUUUUAAGAUAUGAAGAGAAAAAAUAUGAAGAUGUGAAACCAUUAGAGACUCAACCAGCUGAAAUAGCAGAAAAGGAAACAUUGGAAUAUAAAACAGUUAGAACAUUCUCUGAAUCUUUGAAGUCAGAGAAAACAGAAGAUUACCUUAGAGAAAGUAUAAUUCAACAACAUAUGGUUUCUCCAGAGCCAGCUUCCCUUAAGGAGAAAGGGAAGUCAAGGAGAAAAAAGGAUCAAACUCAUGCUUGUCCAAAUGUUAGGAAAGCCAGGCCUGUGUCCUAUGAUAGAACAGAACCAAAAGAUGAUGAUGUGAUAAGAAAUAUUAUUAGGCUACGAGAAAAGCUUGGUUGGCAAACUAUAUUACCGCAGCACAGUUUGAAAUACGGAAGCUCCAAAAUUGCAAUUCAGAAGAUUACUUUAAAGAAACCUUUGGAAGAUGAUGGAGAAUUUGUAUAUUGCCUUCCUCGGAAAAGUCCUAAAUCCCUUUACAAUCCAUAUGAUCUUCAGGUAGUAUCGGCUCAUACCGCUAAACAUUGCAAAGAAUUUUGGGUUAUUACUGCUUCAUUUAUCUCAAAGAGAUACUUGGUCAUUUGUGGAGCAGUUUAUAUAUAAGAAUCUCCUUGGGAGCAUGUUAUUUAAUAGUGAAGUUUUUCCUUUUGUGUAGAGAUUUAGGUUUGAAGAUUCAACUUUAAUAAAUUUUUUCAUCUAUCAAAUACUUUGUUACUACUUGGGGUAAAUUUUUACAGGAAGAACUACAAAACAAGCAUUUGCUAGCUUAAUGGGAACUAUAAUAAUAAAGAAAAGAAUAUUCUUUAUUGGCACAUUUGUCAGAAACUUUAUUGCCAGGUGUAGAAAUCCCCCUUUUACAUUUUGAUAUUUAUCACAAGUUGAAAAUAUACAAUUACUUGUUUUAAUGAUUUGUUUAAUGUCUGUCUGCCUUUUUCUGCCUUCCCAGCCUCCCAUAAAAUGAACUUUACUCGUGGGCAAAACCACAUCUUUGCAUGAGGUAGAUCUGUAUGUGCAAAUAAAGAAAUAUCUCUAAUAUGCAGUAUCAAGUGAGAAUGGAGGAAAAACUUCUAUAGAUAUAUGAAUAUACAUGUAGAUACAUAUGUGCUGAUAAAAAUAUGUAUACUUUUCUCUCUGGAAUAAAUUUUUUUAUGUGGUGACAUUCAGAUAGGGGAGGGGCACUCAUGGGAAGAGAGAGAACUCCUUGAUGAAGGGCAUGUAGUUUUUGAAUGUCAAUAUAGGGUAUGUGGGUGGUGAGAUUAUAAGAUUAUACACACAUUUCUGUAGCUAAAAUUAAGUUCAUAAAUACUACUUUUAUAGAAAAUGUAAAAAUUAUGAGACUCAAAUCUGAACAGCUAUUUGUGAAAAGUAUCUCAGGGUGAGGAGGAAGUUUCUCUUCUCUCUGUUGGAGCACAAGAAAUAGCAUUAGAAAACGGCAAGUACAGAAGCAGUGUGUUGAGGGAGAUCAAAUUUGGGUAUAGAUAAAGUGGCUGAGGAUUCAUACAUAGAAAAAGCUUAAUUAUAAAGGCAAGAAGUUACAAGAAGUUAUCAGCCAAAUACAGGCUUUCUUAAUUUCUUGAAAAUGGUACAUAUUUUUUAAAGAAAUAAAAUAAUGCUUUUGUGCUUUAUUUUGUAGGUUAUUAAUAUAGUUGGUAGUGUAAAGGAAGUAGAACUCAUACCUACUUUGGAAUGGCUAUCAGAAAGAAGACAUUACUAUUUAUUACGGCAAUUCAAGAUAUUUUCUGAUUUCCGGUGAGGUGAAAAAAUGAAACCAAUUCUUUGUAGUUCGAUCCUGUUGAAGGAGCAGUUGCCUGAGUGACAUCUGGGUUCUACUACGGUAAUACCAGUAGAAAAUAGUACUAAUUCUUUUAUCUAAAAAUUUUUUAUGGAACACCCCAUUUCCUCUGUAACUUAUGAAGAAAUGCCAAUAAUUUUGGCAUUUAAGAAGCAUUUUUCCUUUCAGAAUUAAUAAAGCAUUUGUUACCUGUAACUUAUGAGGAAAUGCCACAAGUUACAGAGGAAUGAGAUGUUCCAUAAAAUUUCUUUAGAUAAAGGAAGUUUACUCUUUUCAGUAUUAAAACUCUUAAUUUUAGUCUUUUUGGAUAAAUAUUGUAAAAAUAUUUUAUGGUCAAGCAAACUUAAAUACACCCUACAGUUGACUCUGGAACAACGCAAGGGUUAGGGGCCCUGACCCCCUACACAGUUGAAAAUUUGAGUAUAACUUUUGACUCUACCCAAACUUUGCUAUUAAUACUAAUAGUCUACUGUUGACAAGAAGCUUUAUCAGUAACAUAAACAAUCAAUUAACAUAUUUUGUCUGGUAGAUAUAUACUGUAUUCUUACAAUAAAGUAAGUUAGAGGCAAGAAAAAGGAAAAUCAUAAGGGAGAGAAAAUAAAUUUACUGCUCAUUAAAUGGAAGUAGAUCAUAAUAAAAUUCCUUCAUCCUCAUCAUUUUCACAUUGAGUAGGCUGAGGAGGUGGAGGAAAAGUAGAGGUUGGUUUUUGUUGCAGGAAGUCAGGGACCCCGAACGGAGGGACCGGCUGAAGCCAUGGCAGAAGAACGUGGAUUGUGAAGAUUUCAUGAACAUUUAUUAGUUCCUGAAAUUAAUACUUUUAUAAUUUCUUACACCUGUCUUUACUGCAGUCUCCGAACAUAAAUUGUGAAGAUUUCAUGGAUACUUAUCACAAUCAAUACCCUUGUGAUUUCCUAUGCCUGUCUUUACUUUAAUCUCUUAAUCCCGUCAUCUUUGUAAGCUGAGGAGGAUGUAUGUCACCUCAGGACCCUGUGUUGAUUGCAUUAACUGCACAAAUUGUGUGUAGAGCAUGUGUGUUUGAACAAUAUGAAAUCUGGGCACCUUGAAAAAAGAACAGGAUAACAGCAAUGUUCAGGGAACAAGAGAGAUAACCUUAAAUUCUGACCACCGAUGAGCUGGAACAGAGCCAUAUGUCUCUUUCAAAAGCAAAUGGGAGAAAUAUCUCUAAAUUCUUUUUCUCAGCAAGGAACAUCCCUGAGAAAGAGAAUGUGUCCCUGAGGGUAGGCCUCUGAAAUGGCCGCUUCGGGGGGCGGCUGUAUUUUAUGGUCAAAGCUGUAGGGAUGAAAUAAGCCCCAGUCCCGUAACGCUCCCAGGCUUAUUAGGACGAGGAAAUUCCCGCCUAAUAAAUUUUGGUCAGACCGGUUGUCUGCUCUCAAACCCUGUCUUCUGAUAAGAUGUUAUCAGUGACAAUGCGUGCCCGAAACUUCAUUGGCAAUUUUAAUUUCGCCCCGGUCCUGUGGUCCUGUGAUCUUGCCCUGCCUCCAUUUGCCUUGUGAUAUCUUAUUACCUUGUGAAGCAUGUGAUCUCUGUGACCCACACCCUAUUCGUACACUCCCUCCCCUUUUGAAAAUCACUAAUAAAAACUUGCUGGUUUUACGGCUCGGGGGCAUCAUGGAACCUGCCGACAUGUGAUGUCUGCCCCGGACACCCAGCUUUAAAAUUUCUCUCUUUUGUAUGCUGUCCCUUUAUUUCUGAGACUGGCCGACACUUAGGGAAUAUAGAAAAGAACCUAUGUGAAAUAUCAGGGGUGAAUUUCGCCCGAUACCUGGCUGAAUUUCCCCUGAUAGGUUUUGCUGUCUCAGGGGUGGCAGAUGUGGAAGAAAAUGUACAUAUAAAUGGACUUGUGCAAACCCAUGUUGUUCAAGAGUCAACUAUGUUGACUUGGGUUUGCCUUUUUUUCUGUGCAUAUAUUUAUUUAUAUGAAUAUUUAUUGAGAGUCUGUUAAGAACCAGGCAUUAUUCUAGAUGCCAGGGAUAUUGUAUUGAACAAACCAAACAAUUAUCCUGCACUCAAAUAUUUAUAUCAUAGUAGGUGAGAGAUAAUAGAAAACAUGCAAAUAUGUAAAAUAUUGAGUGGAGACUAAAUGUAGUUGAAGGAAAAUAAAACAGAGUAAGGGAGCUAGGGCAGCUUGUUGAUUCAAGUUCAUGAUUAAAAAUUUAUCUAGUUUUAAGGUACAUUAUGUUACAUUACAUUAUAUCACAUCACAUUAGGAUUCCCAAGACUCUGAUUCUUCACAAAGUAGUUCCAGAUUGUUGUUCUUUUAGUGUGUAUCUAGUUCUAUAAUUUUCUUGUUUCUUCUCUAAUGUCUGCGUUUUCUUGUGAUAUGUUGUUGUCCGUUGGGGACUAGGAAAACAGAAAAAUAAUAUUUUAAAUUGUUUAUUUAAUAUGUAAAUAGCUUAAAUAACUAAGGACCUGAGAAACUUUUUUUUUUGUAAGAGAAGAAGGAUUUUGUGACAGAGAAAUUAAUUAUUGAAUAAAUGUUAUCAUGUCCCUAUUUUGUUUCACUGGUGUGAGAACUGGAGAUAGAACUGUGAAAAAAUAUACAGGUUUCUGUUCCUAUAGAACUUAGAUUCUAAUGGAGGGAGAUAGAUAAUAAUAGGUAAAUAAAUAAUUUCAGAUAGUGAUGAGGCCUAGAAAUAUAAUAAAACAGAGAACUAGAGACGUCUGCAUGCAUUGCUUCUUUAGAUAGGUUGGUCAGAGAUGUGGCAGUGAAGCAGAGACCUAAAUGAUGAAAAAGAGACAGCCAUGUGGGGCUUCCAGAAGGAGAAUAUAGCAAGUUUCAAAGUUGUGAAGCAGGAACAAGUUUAGUAUGGAUUUGAUGGUAGAAGUGGUGUUCCUGGAAUGAAGUUGGUAGGAAAUGAAGCUGGUUCUGUUAUUUUCUGGGACCUGUCACAUGUAGUGUAGAUGACUGAGUAACAGUUCUGAGAAGUUUCUCGUCAAAGAUAGGUGAUAGUUGCAUCCCUGUAAUUUAGGAACUAGAUAGGUUUUUGAUUCUGGAUUAUCAAUUUAAGAUAUUAUCCAAAGUACUAUUUUCUGUAUCUUUUUAUUUGAAACUCUGUCAGUGUCAGACUUUCCACUAUUGUCCUUGCCUUCUGAUAAAUCCUCAGGGUCUGCUCUGCUCUAAAUAAUUAUCAUUUAUUAAACUUUUUAAGUUCAACUGCAGAUGGGACAAGAAUCAUCUUUUUACAUGACAUUUGGCAUCAAAGUCUAUAGUCAAAAUGAUUCAUUUUCUUUAUUCAAGUUAAAAAUACAAAUUAAAUUUUAUAUUUACUUAAUUUGUACUUAAUUUUAUAUUUACUGAAGUUGUACAAUUAAUAUAGACUUACUUAAUUUUUAAACUUUAUGAUUUAUUUAUUUAUUUAUUUUUUUUUUUUUUGAGACAGAGUCCUGCUCUGUCACCCAGGCUGGGGUGCAGUGGUGCGAUCUCGGCUCACUGCAAGCUCUGCCUCCUGGGUUCAGGCCAUUCUCCUGCCUCAGCCUCCCAAGUAGCUGGGACUACAGGUGCCCACCACCACACCCGGCUAAUUUUUUUUUUUUUGAGAUGGAGUCUUGCUCUGUCACCCAGGCCCGAGUGCAGUGGCAUGAUCUCGGCUCACUGCAAGCUCCGCCUCCCGGGUUCACACCAUUCUCCUGCCUCAGCCUCCCGAGAAGCUGGGACUACAGGCGCCUGCUACCACACCCGGCUAAUUUUUUGUAUUUUUAGUAGACACAGGGUUUCGCUGUGUUAGCCAGGAUGGUCUCGAUCUCCUGACCUUGUGAUCCGCCUGCCUUGGCCUCCCAAAGUGCUGGGAAUACAGGUGUGAGCCACCGUGCUUGGCCAAUUUUAUUUUUAAUAUCUUUAUAGUUUUUCUUAGAUCACUAUAUUGUAAAAGGUAAUAUUUCAAAUAGAAAAAUGAGAUAAAGAUGAAGUGUUAACAACUUAAGCUGGUGAUGCCAGUACAGGGGUGAUUAGACCAUCAGCAUCAUCGUUUUACCUCAUGAAACUUUUCUGGUAUAUUAGUUUUUGUGACCUGGUGCAGAUACUCCUUACACUAUCACUGGGUUCCCCUCUGAUUCUUAUGGAUUUUCAGGGAUCUUCUAGGGUUCUGAGAUACCAUGACUCUAUGGAUUUGGAUUAAAGUGAAAUAGUAACUUAUGUGGAGUGCUUCUUUGGAGCCGGAUUUAAGGUCAAGUUACUAGAUUUUGAUUGAGGCAGUCCUGAUUUCCAAGGCCUCAGGUGGGCCUGUUUGAAGGAUAUCAUGGGAUUCUCUUUGAACUGCUUGGAUGGCUCCAGGCCUCUUUCAGCCAUCUUUGAUUCAAAAUUAGCCAACGUCAUCACUAAGAUUGGCUGUUUGGUUGGCUUCUCAGACACACCCCUAUCCCCACUAUUUUCCACUACCCACUAGCUCUCACUAGCUGCAUAAGUAAUCUCACAUUGGCAAACAAGUAUCACAUCUCAGUGUUUGUUUAAAGGUGGUUGUUUUCCUCUAGAUGCAAAGGCUACCAAUGGAGUGAUUGUGAUAUUGCAUUAGACUAGUCCCACAUGUGCAUAAUAUAGGUGGCCAUAUUCAUUUAGAGUUGAGAGAGCUUUGCAGAAACAGUUGGCCUGUCUUUUUCAAAAUGCAUGACAAUUAUUGAUGAUGAGUAAUAACCAGGGAAACUUUCCAAUUCUUUCUCAUGUAGGUUCUUUGAGUUUUAAAAAUUACAAGUGCAUUUUUUACAUAAGUAUUAUAUAAUAUCAAAAUGACAUACAUUGCCUUAAUUUUUUACUUACCACUAUACAGACUUUUUA